AUCCAUGAGUGGGUGUACAUGAAACUCAGUGUGUGCUCACGUCCCACUGAAGAUAGACCCACUCAGGUCAAAGAAAACUGCUAGCUAAGUUGGUGAGCCUUCAUGACUUAACCAAUUAAAUGCACCAGUAAAUGAGAUUUUUUUUUUGGCGGGGGGGGGGGGGCGAGUUGGAAUUUCACCUUGUCUUAAAACAGGAUUUAUCAAAGUGAAGUCGUCACAAUGGGAUUCUGAGCAGUUACAAAGUAGGGAUGUGGAGUACAGAAACCCAGAUGUGGGAGAGGCUUUUGGAGGACUAACGGGGUGGGGGAAGUGGGGCUGGAGAGAGAAUAAAUUAAAGAACGUGGCUGUGUCAAAAAGGACCCAUGGGUGAUGAUUGGGAAAUAAACAGAUCAUAAAUGUCUUGGGUGUGAAGCAUUUUGAUUUAAGCUUUAUCUUCCGAGCAAGCCAGAAGUUUUUAAAACUGUGUCCUCGGGGUGGGACGGGGCACGAAAGCUGCCCGGCCCGGGUUCAGACCCUUUUAUUUGUCUUAGCACCGUGAAACCAGAAAAAUUCUGCUUUUACAACAAAUUGCUCUAUAUGUUAGAUUUCUCUGGCUGGACUUCUUUUGGACAAAGGGCGCCAUGGGGAAGUAGAUCUCACAAAAGCCAAAGUAAAAACAAAACAAAAAGUCGUGCUAGGUAAGGCGAAACCAUGGACCCGGGUGAGGUCGCGUUUCUCAAGAGCUGGUCCGACAGUGACCAGUCGGACGGAUCGGAGUGGAGGAAUGACUGGAGGCGAACCAGCCAGGAAGCCAGUGGCAGCAACUCAGAUUUUAGAUGUUGUAGCAGGAUGAUCAGGAUUGGGUCUGUAGGACACAAAGGAGGAGGCAGAUGGAUGAGGCAUUGCAAAGGAAUAAUCAUUAGAACUUGGAUAUAGGGGUGAAUUUAGAGAACUUGCAUUAUGUGUCCAGGGCAUUUCUCUGGCCAGAAUUUAGAAUCACUCCGGUGGUUUAAGGAGAAGCUUCUCUACUCCUCACAGACACCGAGUGUCAUGUGACUCAGAGUCUCAGCCUCCAGAGAGAAGCCUCAGAGCCCAGGGGUGUAUCCCUGCCCCAGGGAUUCCUGUGGUCUAGCCCCUUGUGGAAAAUGGUGACAGGGCUGUGAAGUGAUAGGUGUUCCUUCCAGAGUGGCUGUCGCAUGGAGGAUGUUUAUUGAUCUCUCUGGGACUUGGCUCCCUCCUGUGCUUUGGCUUCUUGCAUGAAUUUUAAUCCGUUCUGAGAUCCCUUCCGUUUUGUAGGUACCUCUGGGCCAUGCGGGGUUAUAAGAAGUGGUGAGGUGGGUUGGGUCAGACUCUUAACUUUCUAGCACAGCAACCUACCUAUUUGACAUUUCUCGAACACCAAACUUGUAUUUGCAGGAUAAUUUGUGAAACUUCAUUCAACUGUAAUGUUACAUAGAGGAGAAAAGACAGGGAAACAGAGAGGAAGGAGUCAGGAAGAGGCCCUGAAAGAGCCGAAGCAUGCUCACAAACCAGUGUGCCCCAGACUUUGUGGGGACACACUCCCUGGGAGGGGAAGUGAGUUAUUUCAACCCUCAUUACUUGGCAGUUAUUUGAACCCACAUUCAUUCAUUCAGUACCCCAAUCAUCUGUAGACCAAAUAAUUUCAUGCGAUAACAUUUUCAGAUACACUUUAAAAGAACAAAAACGUGUUAAAACUUUACUGAGUUACUAGAAACUUGUCUUUAUGUGCUUUCCGACCAGCAGAUAGUAAACACAAUACUAUUAUAUGAAGGACCACAAUUUUUUGUUUGAAAAUAGAGGCCCCACAUGGGAAAAGUAGAGGAAUCCCUUUUGCAUGUGAAAGGGCAGUAUUGAAUCCUUAAGAUUAAGUUGCUUGCAAAUCAUCUUCCCUGUUUAAGGGAUUUUAGUUAUUGAAAGAAACAACGGGGAGCCUGGGUGGCUCAGUCGGUUGAACAUCCUACUUUGGCUCAGGUCAUGAUCUCAUGGUUCAUGGGUUCAAGCUCUUCAUCGGGCUCUGUGCUGUCAGCACGGAGCCUACUUCAGAUCCUCUGCCCCCCCCCCCCCCGUGCCCCUCCCCCGCUCGCUGUCUCAAAAAUAAAUAAACAUUUAAAAAAAGAGAGAAACAACAACAAAAAUCUACCAAUUUCAGCACUUUUAGGUCUGGGUUCAUCAAGAUAAUGUUACUUCGGGGUCUUUCACCUUGUUUUGUCCAGAAUCAUUUAAUUUGAAAAUAUACUGGUAGUUCUCUUUUUACUUUUUGAACUUUAACCAAAUUUGGAGUUUGUGGUUUUGUUAUAAAAUCUCUCGGAGUGGAAUUUUGUAAGACUUUUUUCCUCUGUUGUCAACUGUGCUUGAUAAGAAUUAAUCACCGGCAGUCAGAAAAGGACUUCAGCAUAAAAAUCAAUCUAUAGUGUUUAAAAAAAAUGAGACCAACUUACAUGUGUUGAUGUGGAAUCAUUCCUGAGAUAUAUUGUGAAGUGGGAAAAGCCGGGAGCAGAACAUUAUGUGCCAUAUGCUACAUUUGUCCAAAAGAAUAUGCAUACACUUCUUGCAGAGAUAUGUACCAGCAUCUGACAACAGGAGUUGCUUUGGGGAAGAAUGUGGGGCCCAGGCAUGGUGAUUGAAAGGAGAUUUUUUUGUUGUAUGUCACCUUGGUCCUUUGAGCGUUUUUGCAAAUCUCGUACGUGUUUCACUCACUGUAAAGUUAGAGAUUGCAGCAUCAGACCCGGAUUGGCUGGUUCUGGGACCCUGUCCUUCUGGGAGAAAGUCAUGCUUCUGUCUUCUCUGCCAAAAGGCAGUGGAGUGUGGAGGGGAAGCGGCCCAGCUUCCAAGUGCUGUCCUACUUGGUGAAUCUCCUUCUACUCCCCCCUAUUCAUCUGGAAAUCAUUCUCAUCUGGAUAAUCAUGGCAUGACCUCAUAAGGUUGUCAUGAGAAUUACAUGAGGUGUUAUGUAUGGAGCAUAACUGUUAAUAAAGACUUGCUUAUUCUUAGAACAUGACUUGGCCUCUUUGGAACUGCCCAUCACGAUUCUAGAAACCCCCUGUAGGACCUUCUCUUCUCUCCACAUGACCCUUCUCAGUCACCUUGCUUCAGCAAAUCCUUAAAAGAACAUCUAGCCCUAUUUGAUGUCUGGGGAUAUAGAGAUGUUCAAGGCAUACAACACUCUGAUUUGCUAGACCUUUCUCACUUCGGCCUUCAUUAAGACCCAUUUUCCAGGGAACACACUUUGUCAUCUCCUAAGUCUCAAAUGAAACCACUUUCUGAAGACUUCAUGAUACCUCUUCCUCAAACACUGGGUUUGUCACAUCCAACUCUUUGCUACUAUCCGUCUGAUUCAGACUUGUCUACUGGUUGUUUGUAAGUCUGGGACAAUUGGGGUACUAUUUGAUGCUUUGUUAAGUAAAUUUUUUUUGAAAACUUAUUUCUUGAACUCAAGUUACGUACUUGGUACCGUCCUGAAAUAUUUCAUUGCUAAGACCUAGAAAUCUUUGAUUUCAACCACAUGUUGUUUCUCUCCCAGUUUCUAUCUAUCUCGGUCCCCUUUCAUUAUGUUCUGUUAUCAUAGAAUGUACAAUUUAUUGCUGCUGUAUUUUGGCUUGUAAGUUUCUGCAACCAAAAAAACAAUACAACCCCAUCAGCUCUAGUCAGUCUGUGUACUUGCAUAUUCAUAUGUGCACAUCUUAACCCAUUUUAUUUUGUUUUAUUUAUUUAUUUAUUUAUUUAUUUAUUUAUUUAUUUAUUUAUUUUUACCCUGAAGUUCACAAGUGUGCUUUCUGUAAAGGGUGAACUCCCUGAAAUUGUAAGGAAAAUGCUGUGUGUAGGGAUGCAUUUGUGAACUGAAACUGUCCCUUUGGUCAGGGACACAACAGGGCUAAAAACCAUGUUAGUGGCUCCCAGCUUCUCCGCUCCCAGAUGCCCCCCACAUUAUCGCUUUCUCUCCUUUGGCUGCCCAGGGCUGCUGUUUUCUGGGCAGAUUCACGGGCUGAGGACUUUCCCCCUGAGUAACCUACCCUGGCCCCCAACCCCCCCCCCCAUCUUAUCUUUUCUGACGUUGUACGGGAUCCCAACUGCUCUGCGGCUCGAUGAACUAGACUUACAACUAGGGAAGGUGCUGGAUAGGAUAACAGGUCCAUCUCCCCCCAAGAUUCUGGGACUCAGAAUACGGAAGCGAGUGAAAAUACCACUUUUUCCUUCCAGGUAACGUUUUCACUUGAAGACAUCAUUUCAGAAGAGCAGUCUUCUGUUCCUUCACGCAGGUGGCCGAGCAAUUUCAGGCAGAUAUGCAUGCAUGGUGGUGGGAGGGGACUGGAGGUCUUCACAGAAUGAGGUUCACAUACUAUCUUACUGAGUCCUCACCUGGGAAUGAACUCAUUUCCUAAAUCACUCCUAGAGGCUUUUACCCGUGCCCCAGGUCACCCCGCAUGUGUGCUGGGGCAACGUCUGAACCUAGGUUUUCUGAUUUCCGCACUGCUCUGUUCUAGGACUGUCACUGUCCUCAAGUCUUCAAAUCCUACCACCUAGGAGUUUUCCCCAUGAACAGGGCCAGCCACACAGACGUCAGGUGGGAAAGAUACUAAAGUUCAAAUGGAAAAUUAUCAAGAUUUAGGACUGCUCUUAGAAAAGUUACUGUUUAGAGUGCAACAAAUACCACUGUUUUGUAAGUUUCUGAGGUGGGGCGUGGGGAGGCAGGAAAGAGAGAGAAGGAGGGGAGGGAGAUGUUAGCUGAUGAGGAACAGCAGGAAGCAGAUCCCGUUUGCAGCCGGACUCUUGUAGAUCUCCUUUUCGAGGUGUGUGACCAUCUACCAUGAGUGCAGAUACUUUUCAGAGUUUUGUUUUUCUUUCACGUGAAAGUUGCCAGCAUGGAACAGAUGCCUUUAUUUGGAGAAACCAGUCUUUGGAAGUAAUUGGUUCUCUCUCCUCUUAUCCCCCAGAGAUGAUCUUCCACAGAUGAAAUUAGAUGAGUAAAAAAAAAAAAAAAAAAAAAACUAAUCAAAAAUAUUAGUUUGUGGUAUUUUUUAUUUUUCACUGUAAAAUGUUUUAGGACCUGCGGUUUAAUUCCACAUAUUUUGGAACUGUUGACUGAUCGUAAAUAUUUUUAUCACUAUUCGUACGGUAGUGACUUUCAGAAAGGAAAACUUACGGUCGAACUAGAUCAUUUUUGAGUAGUGACCUAAUGCUUUUAUUUUAAUGCUUGAAACCAUCGUAUUAAAAUAGGUAAUACCAGCUUUCUACUAUCAAAUGAUGGGAUCUGAGCAAAUGAGAUAAAACAGUGCUUGCACUAGGGAGGCCAAGAUAGGCACUUUCUAGUAUUCUCUCUUACCUUCGUAUCAUCCUGGUAAGUUAGAUAUUACUAUCCCACUUUAGAGAUUUACAUCUGAAGCUUGGAGAGGUUAAGUGACACGUUCAAGGUCAAAUAGCGGAUAAGUGUAAAAGCUGAGAGUGCAGGCCCCCAGAGCACGCAUGCAAUGGGCUUCCAAGUGGUCAGCGUGUGUGGGCCACAGUCAUUUUAGGAUAUUUUGUUUUAUUGAAAAUGAAAUUAAAUCUGUAACACAGGAGAUAUUUGAGAGCUUCCUGCUAUUUAAAAUUGCCUUGUUCGUUAACUUGUGGGUCAUCCUGCAUUAUCGAUUUGACUAAAAAUAAUCAUAGCUGGGGUGCCUGGGUGGCUCAGCCGGUUAAGCAGCCAACUUCAGCUCAGGUCAUGAUGUCGCAGUUUGUGAGUUCGAGCCCCGCUUCAGGCUCUGUACUGACAGCUUGGAGCCUAGAGCCUGCUUUAGAUUCUGUGUCUCCCUCUCUCUCUCUGCCACUCCCCCUCUCAUACUCUGCAUCUGUCUCUCAAAGUAAGUAAAAGUUAAAAAAAAAUAAAAAAAAAAAAAAUAAAUCAUAGCUUAGUCUCCUGCCUUCUGGUUAAUAUAUGUUGUAAAAUAAUAUUUGAAGGAUUUAAAAAUAAUCCUUUAUCACAAUAUAAGAAAAAGGGCUUGAAGAUAGACGAGAUAGUAUUUGAUCAUCAUUUAUUCCUUUGCUCACUCAGGCAAUGCUGAGCGAACACUUUCUGUGAGCCAGGCACUGUGCUAGGCGCUGGGUAUGAAGACUUGAGUAAACACAGCCCCCUUCCCUCGUGGCCCUUGUGAUAGAAUGAGUAAAGUCCAUCAGGGUGGGUUUGAAGGCAUAAAGAGAGAAUAAGGUGAGAGCUCUUUCUAGUAGCAGGAAACUCAGUUGGUAAACACAGUUGGGAGCUAAGUCUAUGUGUAAAAACUGCUAGAGUGUAUUUACUCCUAGAGCUUGUAUGGACUUAGGCUGAAGUUCUUAAUCAUGGUGUUCUACUGCUCAGUGUGUGGCCUCACAGCCCAGGAUGCCCUGGGUGUUUCCCAUCUAGGCCUAUGUACGUGUAGUACUGGUGGGAAUGGGCUCAGGUGAACAAUGGCAGGCAAAGGUUGCCCAGCCAAUAUGGAUCAUAAAUGCCCUUACGGUUAAAGGAAAGAAGGUGAUCAUAGGUCCAGGAGUGGUCAGGAAAAGGUUGAUGAAGGCCACAGGAAUUGAAUUGGGCUUUAUAGCAUUUCAGUAGGGGGAUUUCAUUUGUUUCAUUCUUUUUAUUUGGGCUACUACUAUGUGCCAAGUACAGUUUUAAGUAUGGGAGAAAGAGCAAUGAGCAAAACACACAAGACCACCGCUUUCCGAGAGCUUAUAGUUUGGAAUGGGGGAGGGAGACAAGUAAUAAAGAUGUUAAUAAAAUUAUUCCGCAUGGUGUUAAAUGCAAUGAUGGCAAUUAAAAAUCAGGGUUGGAGAGGAUAAUGAGGGCGCUGGUGGUAUUGUUGAGACUUUAUUUUGGGUGGUUGGAAAAUCAUCUCUGAGAAGGUUGUACUUGAAUGAAACCUUAGUCUUUGAAGGAGCCGGGCAUAUGCAACAAUCUCUGGAAUGAGGCCUGAGGUCGAUGGACAAAGCCAUAAAGAUGAGACAAUGGAUUAUAUAGGGGGGUUACCCCAGAAAGAGCUCCACCCUUACAGGGCAUGGUCGGAACAGGGGCUGAAAGGUGUAGGGUUAGUGCCAAAUUAUGGAGGGUCUUGAGUAGCAGAAUGGCACAAGACUAAGGACUAUGUUUUUCUACAUGUGUCUCAGGGGAUGAGUAGUUAGGACAGAGGAGGAGAAUCUGCAUGAGUUUGUCGGGGAAGCUUAAGGAAAGCUGGUGUUGUGAUGAACGACACUCAAAUAACAUAAUGUCCCAAUCACUUCCUGUUGGCCACUGCGCGUCGUCCUGAAGUGCAGCAUGCGCGGUGCUUGGUUGACCACUUCAGAUUAGGGGGUUAUAGGAGGAUUUGUCCUGCAAAUGAGAUCAUGGAGGCUUUGACAAAGGUAAGCUCCCAUCCAGUGUCAGGGACUGUACUUAUUAAGGUGAUAAUUAAGUCAGAUAUGAUAGAACAGGUUCCUUUUGUGAGAAUUCCCCUUGGAAUACAAAACUAAUGGUGUUUUUAUUAAUGCGAACGGACGGUCUUUGUUAUAAAAUCUUUUUAUGGAAGGAAAGAGGAAAGUUAAGGUCUGACUCAAGCCAGGUUGAUAGAGAAGUGUGUUUAAAAAGGUUCAUUUGUGGAAUAACUGUACGCAUAUUAUUUACUAAAGGAAAAAUGACCCCAAACGUUGAUAUAAUUCUCUAGAGAAAUGUAUUUAGGCAGUGAAGGGAUUCCUGGCAGUGACUGAGAAGCACCGUAAUGGACAACUGCACUUGGUCUCUUUUGAGGUUGAUUCUGAUGCGUUGUAGUCUUUACAUCCUAUUAAAUUUUUGAAAGAUAAACUGAUACAAGAAUGAUUUGCCAAGGCUAGCAACUCUUCCUUUUAAAACCUUGGCUCGGUGUACACGCUGAAGGGAUGGGGGAGUAAGAUAAAAGCAUUAUAAAUAUGAGGUUAACUGAAUUCAAAUAGAAGGUUCUCUCAAGUUAUUGCAUUCCUUAGAAAAUAAAUACAUUGCGCAUAUGGUUAAGAUUGAUCAAAAAAGUAUUCUGUAUGCCAGUGAUUACAUUCCCAUCUGUGAUUAAGGUUUUCUGUCUGCAUCUGGUUUUCGCAUUAUAUUUCUGUAACAAGAAUCCUUUAUAUAGCAGAGUUCACUUUCUGUAUUUUCUAUUAGCUGCAGCUUGAACUACUGCACGGAUCGUAGAUUUACACAUGUGGUUUUCAUUACUUCAUACCAUUGAGAAAAAGUAAUAUUUGUUUGGGAAUGUAUGUUUUCCACAAUUUCCAUGGUAAUACAACAUGUUGAGCCUUUUUAAUAACACUCUUGUAGAACUACAAAUUGUUUGAGGCAUUCUACUCUUGGUGGAGCUUAGCUUUUAAACUUUUCUCAGUGUAUGUUCCCCUCAUAAUGAUGUAUAACACAUUUGAAAGCUGAGGAUCUGAACAAAGCAAUGAUUAAAGAUAAAGAAAUUUUCCUCUGAUUCGCAGGUGAUACAGUCUUUAGUGUGGCAUAUGUAUCACAGAUAUCUGGAUGUAUAUUUAAUCAUGUUCAGUGCCAUUACUUAUUUUUUUAUUAUUUCAUUUUGGAAGACCAUUUAAUGUGUUGGAUGCAUAAAGCACGAACAUAAUACUCCAAAGUCAUUAUUUUUAAAAAUUUAAACAUUAGCUUUUUAAAAAAAAAUUAUUCUGUUGAUUUUGAUACAGUGUUUCAUAUGGAAACUAGUUUAGUGGGGAAAAUCCUCAUGGGUAACUUUAGGUAUACGCUGUAUAUUAUUUGAAUGUGUAUUUCUAUGCCAUGUUAACAUUUGAGAAUUUAUAAACACGCUGCACAUUUAAAGUAUUUUGUAACACUAUCUUCCUGCCAACUUUCCUCCAUUCACUUCAGAAUACUCUGACUAAAAUAGACACAAGCUAAAAAGUGACACAGUAUAUUCUACCUAGGGGAAGGGGAAUUAUUUGUGACUGAGAAAUGAUCUUUUAAAGAAAGUUUGUCCACACAGUAAUCUUAUGUGCCUCAACACUGCGAUCUACGACACCAUUUUUGUUAAUAAACGUAGCUAUCACUAUUUAGCAGUCACAAGAAGGAAGAAGUAGACUCAGACUCCAGAGGGUUUAUAGGUGCUUUGCCUCUUUCAUUUGUCCAGUGGAGAUUAUGAACUAUGGCCCACACAGGUACAAUCCACUCUUAUCAGUUCCUCUGAUGACUUUAGUCAGUGUUUGCUGAAGCACAAAAUAUUAUAAAAUAUCAACAUCAUGAUUGAAUCUAAGAAAAGUAGCCAUUUUCUUCUCUUCCCCCAUAAUGUUUGUCUAAUCUCUAUUUAUAAAAUAUUCUUACCUUAGUAUGGAAACAUUGGAAAUAGGAUUGGGUAGAAACUUACCCAUAUCUCCAUCUUCUAGGAACAGUUACUUAACAUCUAGAUGUAUUUACUUCCGGUCUCCCCUCCUUGCACCCCAUUCCACCCCCGGAAUGGGACCGUUUACAUAUGCGUACAUGUAUCUAUGUAUUCUGGUCAUUUUCUUAUUGAAAAUUUUGCUUUAUGAUUUGUUAGGUUACAUGGUAAGCUAAAUGUUUCCAAGUAUCGGCUGGGUGUUUUUACUGAUCUUUGCUGAGUCUCCAGGCAAUUUUCAACGAAAAAAUACCUAGUACUGUAAUUUUCCUGAAUGUUAUUUAAUUUUUACCAUAAGGAAUAAAAAACAACUGAUUGCAUGAUAGAGUCAUACUGUCACCUAUCAAGGGUAUUGAUUGUUUUUAAUGGAAUCUGCUUGUUUAUAUACAUCAGAUUAUAUUCACCAGUUUUAAUUACUAGGGAGUACUUUGGUUUCUUAAAAAAAUAAUAGCAAUGGCCUUAGUAAUACUUUUUGAGACUGCUUUUAUAAAUCUUUAUUCCUUUGCAUUUACUGAGUUCCUCCCUUUUGUGCAUAUGAUUGUGCUUGAGUUAUAUAGUUCAUAAAUUAUAAGAAUUAAAGAGCGAUACUUUUUUCUACACAUAGUAGCUGUAGUAAGAAUGGGCGAGUAAUAGGCAGUCAAUAAGUAUUUGAGAAUGGAUGAAUGAAUGAAUGAAUUCUAAAGCUGCCAAAUCUAGCUGGAAAAGUGAGAGAAUUUUGAUUACUUUAGAGAAAGAAAAGUAGUAGAAGUUGGUUGAUUUGGUAAAGUGGCUCACCAAUAAUUGUUGUUACAAAUAUUUUAAAACUACACAGGUUACUUGUGAUUAUUAUCAGUUGUUUAAAACUAUUUGAGCAAAUAUGGCAGUGUUUAAAUUUCACAACAGUGAAACAACGUGGACACCACUUUGUUUUGAAAUAGAAUUUAAUUUGCAUGUACUAUUCUAUAAAAUAAAAUAAACACGUAAUGUUUCAAAACAUUUUCUAAAGAAACCAUGAUCAAUGACAAAUUAUUUAAUUUUUUAUUGAACAAGGUAAAAAUCGAACACAUUGUUUUAAGGUAUUGAUGUACAUAUCUUUUAAACCAGUCAAAGGAAGAGGAGUUGCCAGGUUGAGAAGGCAUCCAGCUUUGAGUCAGAUGACUGGAGUUUUAAGAGUCUCUUAGAGCAUGUCAAUUCAGGAACUGAGAAAAUGGAACUUGUUUUUGGACACUUCUAAAAUUUAGAAGAGCUUGUAUCUGUUUCUUAAUACGAACAAAACAAAACUGGUAUGUAGUAUUAUCGUUUAAGUGGACGGGUGUGAUACUUCAGACUGGUUGUGAUAUAUGCGUUUUCUUUCCCCUUUGUUGUCGUCAAUAGAAAAGAUUGAUCUCUGGGCUGGUGAACAUAAUAUCUGUCCCAGUCCGAAAAGGAGAGAGGAAAUUAGCAGAGCGAUUGGUGGAGAAUGAUAUCUGUCAAAAGAAACACUUGGAGAGCACUGAGUUUAGUAAUAGGUGACUGCCGGAAAAAAGGGAACUUUGAAUAUUGUCAAGAUCGGACUGAGAAGCACUCCACGAUGCCAGACUCACCUGUGGAUGUGAAGACCCCAUCUAGGCUGACUCCUCCCACCAUGCCACCUCCCCCUACAACUCAAGGAGCUCCGAGAACCAGUUCAUUUACACCGACGACGUUAACCAAUGGCACGAGCCAUUCACCCACAGCCUUGAAUGGCGCCCCCUCGCCGCCCAAUGGCUUUAGCAAUGGGCCUUCCUCCUCUUCCUCUUCUUCUCUGGCUAAUCAACAGCUGCCCCCAGCCUGUGGCGCCAGGCAACUCAGUAAGCUGAAACGGUUCCUUACUACCCUGCAGCAGUUUGGCAAUGACAUUUCUCCAGAGAUAGGAGAGAGAGUCCGCACACUCGUACUAGGACUGGUGAACUCUACUUUGACAAUUGAAGAAUUUCAUUCCAAACUGCAAGAAGCUACUAACUUCCCACUGCGACCUUUUGUCAUCCCAUUUCUGAAGGCCAACUUGCCCCUGCUGCAGCGCGAGCUCCUCCACUGCGCAAGGCUGGCCAAACAGAACCCUGCCCAGUACCUCGCCCAGCAUGAACAGCUGCUUCUGGAUGCCAGCACCACCUCACCUGUUGACUCCUCAGAGCUGCUUCUCGAUGUGAACGAAAACGGGAAGAGGCGAACUCCAGACAGAACCAAAGAAAAUGGCUUUGACAGAGAGCCUUUGCACUCAGAACAUCCAAGCAAGCGACCAUGCACUAUUAGCCCAGGCCAGCGGUACAGUCCAAAUAACGGCUUGUCCUACCAGCCCAAUGGCCUGCCUCACCCCACCCCACCUCCACCUCAGCAUUACCGUUUGGAUGAUAUGGCCAUUGCCCACCACUACAGGGACUCCUAUCGACACCCCAGCCACAGGGACCUCAGGGACAGAAACAGACCUAUGGAUGCGCAUCGGGAAUUCCUUCACAGGCCUGCUUCUGGAUACGUGCCAGAGGAGAUCUGGAAGAAAGCUGAGGAGGCGGUCAACGAGGUGAAGCGCCAGGCGAUGACCGAGCUGCAGAAGGCCGUGUCUGAGGCCGAGCGGAAAGCCCACGACAUGAUCACGACCGAGCGCGCCAAGAUGGAGCGCACGGUGGCUGAGGCCAAGCGGCAGGCGGCGGAGGACGCGCUGGCCGUCAUCAAUCAGCAGGAGGAUUCGAGCGAGAGUUGCUGGAAUUGCGGCCGCAAGGCGAGUGAGACCUGCAGCGGCUGUAACACGGCCCGGUACUGUGGCUCCUUCUGCCAGCACAAAGACUGGGAGAAACACCACCACAUCUGUGGACAGACCCUGCAGGCCCAGCAGCAGGGGGACACGCCUGCGGUCAGCUCCUCCGUCACGCCCAACAGCGGGGCCGGGAGCCCCAUGGACACACCACCAGCAGCCACCCCGAGGUCAACCACCCCGGGGACCCCUUCUACCAUAGAGACAACCCCUCGCUAGACGGGAGCUCAGAACUGUCAGAGGAACGACAACCCAACCGACACGAAACCAAUUCUUCAUCCUCAGACGCUCAACGUGGUUUUUUUUUUUGGUUUGUUUCUAGAUGAACUAUCCUAUUUCAGUCCUUCAGCAAGAGAGAACCUAACUGUAUCUUGAGGCAGUAGUAAAACAGAGGGCCAGUAACGGGUCGUAAUGACUUAUUGUGGAUAACAAAGAUAUCUUUUCCUUACAGAACUGAAAAGAGAGCAGAGAAUAUAACCUGAAAUGAUAGAUUUGACCUCCUCCCUGUUAUUUUCCGGUAGCUGGGAUUUUAAACUAGAUGACCUCAUUAACCGAUGCUUUACCAAACAGCAAACCAAGAGAUUGCUAAUUGCUGUUGAAAGCAAAAAUGCUAAUAUUAAAAGUCACAAUGUUCUUUAUAUACAAUAAUGGAAAAAAAAAAAAAAAAGAGGAAAACCCUCAAGGGCAUGAGCAUUGGCUACAGCGGUAGACAUUUUAACAAGAAGAUGAAUGGCGUCCGUGGGUUGCUAACUGAACUUUGAAGACCCGCUACAAAACGCGCAGAUGUGUAGCAUAUUGGAAGGAGACACAGAUGUUCGGGGUUUUUUUUUCCUGUUUCUGAAAAGAAAUAAUAAUAUCCAGGUCAACAGAAUGAAAAAUGAAAGAUGAUUUGCAGUGGGAUGUAUGAAUACAGCAGCAAGAAAAAAAAAUGCCAUAGUACAAAAGGCUCCUUUAUAUAUAUAUAUAUAUAUAUAUAUAUAUAUAUAUAUAUAUAUAUAUAUGUAUACACACACACACACACACACACACACACACACACACACAGAAGUAAGAGACUCAGCCUGCAGUUAAUUAGCAUUCUGGCAGCUUUGACAUCAGCCAGCUGCCCUAAAUAACCCUUCAACGUUUCUUCACUUUUGCAAGGUUCCACAGAGUAAGACAUUGGGUCUAUUCCAGCUCAUUCAUUUUAUAUUGAAAAAUAAUUAAAAAAAAAAAAAAUGGUGGCUCCAGCUCCAGCCCCUUUCCAAAUUUUUCCAACCCCACCCUGUUUGGAUUUUUAAUUAAAAACUAGUAGUUCUCUUGGUGUUAAAACACUUCUGUCCUGUGAGGUUUCCCAAUGGUGUUUUUCUUGUAAAUGUGUUGGACAAAGUGAAGAUGCAUUGUAGUUUAACCAUAUGCCCACAUUUAGUCUCUUUAUUCCUAGUUGGUGAGAAACCUGUAUCUUUCUAUGCUGCUUUUAUAUCUGUAUGUAUUAGUGAUAUUUCUCUAGUAGUUCGGAAAAAAAAAAGAAAAAAGAAAAAAAAAAGACUCUUUUUUUGGUUGUCCUCAAGAAAAGAAAAAAAAAGGCUAUCUUUCGGAGCUGCUAUUUCACUCUCUUAUAGGAUUUUUUUUCCUGAAAACCAGCAUGCUUCACGGAAUGCUAACAUAUUGGUGUUUUUGUAAGAGGGAUGUACAUAAAUGUAUUUUGCACUGUCACGAGACUCCCUAGGCAUGCUUUUUUUUUUUUUGAGCAAACUCUUUUUAAAUAUGCUAGAGCCAUUUCACCAAGUUUAGCUGUAGCAUAGAGUAGUAGUGGAAUUUUCCUUUCCUUUUUUUUUUUUUUUUCCUUUUUUGGAAAAAUCAUUAUUAGGGACUUUUUAAAAAAAAAUAAAAUAACAAGAUAUCCUACUUAAAAAAAAAAAAGACAGUGCAUGCAUAUUGCUGUAAGGUUGUUUAAGUAUUUCUAAUUUUACAAAAAAAAAAAAAAAAAGAUAAAUCAUUAGAGCUCCAAAUGCUGAGGUGUAGACUGACAGCUUUAACACUGCUGAAUGCCAGGUUAUACAGUAUUCUUACAAAAAGGGAAGUCAGCCAAAGACUGAUCUGAUGGACCAAAAUCGGAAUUUUGAAAAGCACCAGUACUACUUUCCAAAUGAUCAGCAGGUUAAACAUGUUCAGCAAGGUAUAGUGUGACUCCAUUAACCCUUCGUUGUCCAGGGUCCAGACCAGAACUACUUGUUAGUUUUGAAAACAGUAGCCCAGGAUGUGGUUGUGUGCUUUAGAGAAAGUCAGCAGUACUGCAGGCUGUGUAGACAACCAAAGUUUUCGAGGCUGGGAAGAUGCUUCUCCACACACAUACGUACAUACGCACACCAGGCAUUUAUUUAGAAAUCGAAAACAACCCGUUGGCUUUGUUUUGGCUCUUCUCCCUUUUUCUUUUCAUGUUGUCCUUGGAUACAGUUUCACGUGGCUUUUAAGUAUCUGCAUAGAGGCAAUUCUAAAUCGGUUCUCUUUGAGUCUCUUAAACCUAACAUUUUUAGCAUUUCCCCCUAUAUUUUCGUAUACAGGUGGGUUUUACUUUUGUUUGGGUGGUAUUUUUUUUUUUAAUGGCUUUUUAGUUUAGCAAGUUUUGAUGAGCAAAUAAAUGCAUCUAUCUGCAUGUUGGAGGUCCAUCUGCCAGCACACCUGCUAAAAGCGAAAUGAAAGCACAUAACCAGGCUCUGAAUGGGUUCUAUUUUAUCAUGGUGCUCCCAGAAUCCUUUGACCUCACUCUGCUUUCUAGUCUGCUUGUGACACUGGACAGUCCUUUCUUACAGAGCUAUUAUAUGUUCUAGGCUACGAAGGGUUAAAUAAUCCCAAAAAUGAGGUAUGUCAUACCCACACGUCUUUAUCUCUAGAAGCUGUGAUGUAUGUGAAACAGCACUGUUAUUCUUAACACUAGUGUGUAAAAUAAGGAUUAGUACAGUACGUCUCAUUACUUUUAAUUCAGGGCACCCUGAGUGAAAACAAAUACAAAAAAAUCCCUAACUCUGAGCUCUAUCUCUGAUUCCUCUUCCUCCUUCCCCUCUUCCUCCUCCUCCUCCUCCUCUUCCUCUCCUCCUGUUUUGCUACAUUCUCCUCAGUGGCAAAAAGUUUCACUCUACCUCUGACAGCAUGUAUAUUUUGCACCAGUAGCUAACAAAACUGGUCUAGUCAAACCAAAUGGGCACAAAAGAACCAGGAUACCAAAAGUUAAGCUCAUACAGCUGCAAACCAUAUCACUUCUUGGUAACAAUGCAGACCUCAUAAACCUAAAGAAGAGAAAGAAAAGAAAACUUUUGUUACUUUCCUUUUUUGCUUGUCACUUAUAUACAGGCUAUGUGAGAGUAUAAUUUGUAGGUAUAACACAUUUAAAAAAAAAAGUUAUCUUCAUUGGAUAGAAUUGAAUGGUGGUCGCUGAUAGGAAUAGGGCGUCCUCUCUUAUCUCUGUCUCUGACUCUUUUCUCUUUCUCUUUUUCUCUGUCAUGAGACUGUGUGUGACAGGGCCACCUGUCUCUUUAAUUUCUUUUUUUCUUAACUUUUUUUUUUUUUUUUUAUGUGUAGGUGCAUGUCUUGGGGAUUUAAAAAUUUCAAGGCUGGUUUACUUAUGCAAAGCAUGCCUACGUCUGGAAUACUUAGGGAAAGAAAGCGACUCCAUAUUGUCCGAAUUCCUCAAGGGACAGAAAAAAAAAUUGGAGACUGUUGAAAUGCAGAUUUAAAGUAAUUUUUUUAAAUAUUAUUUUGGGUUCUGCGACAUUAUUGUGAAAAAUUAAAGUUGUUGUGCAAUACUUAAUUCAGACAUGUACCACGAGUUAAUGGUAGACUAACACUGGGGGGUGGGGUCUAGGCAUCAUGCUUUUGUCAGCAUACUCUUGAGCUUUUAAGUCUACUAUGUCUGAACUGUGGUUUCUUGUUUAUCCUUUUUUUCCUUAGUUGGACUGUAAUGUAUGGUCUGUCAACCUGUGAAUCUUUAAAGUAUGAUUCAGGUAUUGUUGUAUUCUUUACUGUGUAAUAAAAAAGUUUGAAAAAACCCUGUAUUCUCUGCCUCCCUUCUCCUCCGUGUGUGCCACGGCUGCCCCUCCCCCGCCAGCCCCGACCCGGGAGUCCAUCUUCUCGGGUGUAUUUCUCCAGCGCGCCUCUGGAACCAGAACUGGCCCGUCCAUGAUUGGUGCACGGGGAAGGAUGUCAGGACAAUGCGGAAGUCAGAGUGUCUGUUCCGGCAGGGGUGUUACCCAGCCAAGAGGAUCUGGAGGUGUGGGGAAAUUGCAGCUUUCUGGAGGAGAGGAGACCUUGCUCGGCUUAGGUGAGCCGCUGCAUAGACAGGGCCACCGGGGGCCCUUUGGCUGUAUUUUGAUGCAAUUAGAGACCUCUCCAGAGAGCUUCCUCCCAAACCCGCAAGGCUCUGGCUCAUCACCUUGCUCGGCUCCCGAAGGCACACCUGAAUGGCAGACCCACUGGUGCAGAGUGCGCUCCCAUCUGCCUCGUCUACCUUCCUUCUCGAAUAGAAAGCAGUCAGCGUUUUCGCUCUUGUUGGUGUGCGUUGUUAAUGUUCGCUGUGGCAGCCUCCAGCUUUGCUGGGAGGUCGGAAUCGUCCCCUUUGACCUGUAUUUUCUCAUGCGCUAGUUAUAAAGCUGGUCAGGAGUUGAAGCCCUACCCCGCCUUCCCCCCCUUCCCCGCCCCCGCCGCCACUCCCAGGAACCCUGCUAAUUUUUGUGUGUAAUUCUCAGACCCCCAGGGUUUUGGUUUUGUUUUCUUUCAUUUACUUACUUACUUACUUAUUUAUUUAAGUAAUGUAUGUACUGCAUUGUAGCAGAAAUUUCUUCUCCCUCUGAAUGUUCUCAACUUUGUGGAUCAAAAAAUAGCUGCAAAGAACAAGGAGGACCGCGCCUCCGCAAAGGGCUGUGUCCGGAGAGAGGGUGUGAAGGUGGAUGCUGGUUAAACGGGAGGGUCCUUGGAACCAUCCAUUCAGUUUCCUCCAUGUGCCAGCUGGGCUGGGCUGCUGUCCCAAGACCUGGCUCCUCAAACUGGUCUUCCCAGGAAAUGUGGCUCUUCUCACGGUUCGUACUCUAGAAACUUGGUGAUGCAUGCACGGAAAACAAAUUUUAAUUACUGACGGACACCUCCAAACCCUCUCAUUUGCAAUAGGGUUGGCUGCUUAAUGACUUCUUGUCACAAAAGACAGGCCAGCCUGACCUAGGUUGCCCGUUCUUAAAUGUGUUCAUGCCUCUUUUGUUCCUGUUCGAAGUGGGACAGGCCAGGGAACUAGCAGACAAGAACAGAAAUGGGACCCAUUGAAGUAGUUCCCUUAUGAGUAGUUCUGGAAAACACCCUGUGACAUUAUCAUGCAAGUGGGUAUGUCGGGCAAAUGGGAAGUGCUUUGUAGUUUGUAUGAAAAAUCUGAGCAAAAUCCAGAGACUUCUAGGUGGUGGACUCCACUUAUUCUAGAAGUGUUAAUGAUGUAUUUGAUAACAUUAUAAAAGAAUGUGUCUGCCAUGAAAGAACAUAGAGCUAUUUCUCUGCAAUGAGCAAAGGGGCACUGUUCUGUAUGGGUGUAUAUACCCUUACUCCAAGGUGAAUAAAUAAAGUUGUGUUUGCUCAAA